AAAAAAAUAUUUGAAAAAGUUGCACCAGAAACAGUUCUGGAACUUUCCUCUGGGAUUCCCCUGAAUAUCCAAGACACGUAGUUCUUAAAAUGUGAUUUGUCAGCAGCUUUGUGGAUGAAGAAUGCAGAAAUAGGAUUGUCCAUUGCGUUUGUCACGUUAAAAUGGAGAGAAUGUAAUUGGAAAGCAGUACACAACAAGAGAUUCAUCAGCUGACUCGUCGGAGGCCUGAGUUAGAUCUAGCGAGUAAGCGAGUUGACAGCCAACCACCUUAGUUCAAGUCCCUUAUUUGAAGUUACAAUGGACCCUAUUGCUAACUUUGAUGAUUCUCAGGAUGACUCAUCAGCAUGGUCCUUUGGUAUGACAGGCAGCUUUGGACAUCAUGAGAUGAACAAGCAGAACAUAGUGGCAAAGAGACAAGACAACACAACAAACCAUUUACUCCUUGUCUCCCUUAUAGACCAUCUCUGCUCCCUCUAUGUAAAAGAUAAACCCAAGAGGGAUAAACUAUUCAAAAUUAUGUGUGAACACCUUGCCCAGUUGAAUGUGAUGUCAUCAAUGUCAUUUGUUGAUGAGUUCAGCUCAGUAAGGUCUCAAUACAAGCUGGCAUUUACCAAGAUGAUUCAAGCGGCACUCAUCACAGUUGAACAGCAGCCAGUUGCGACUCCUCUGAUGGCUUUGCCUGGACUUACAGAGAGGGCAGCCAUUAUGUUCCAACCAAGAUUAAACAAUCAUGUGCCAAGUUUUCAACCUGAAGAUAUACUCCAUCUACAUACAUCCAGAUACAGGGAGGAGUUUACUGAGGAAGACCUACUGGGAUAUGGGGGCUUUGGUAGAGUCUAUAAGGUGCGUCACAAGCUAGAUGGCUGUCAGUAUGCAGUGAAGCAGAUUCGACUUAAGCAAGCUAGCCCUGACGUGUGGUUAAAGCUGAUUAGAGAAGUAAAACUGCUGGCCAGCUUAUCACAUAACAACAUAGUAGGCUAUAAUGGAGCAUGGUUAGAGCCCAAGUUAACAACUGGAUCAGUAACAUCUAGCACUGAGGAGUCCAGUUCUUCAAGUAUGAAUCAAAUACCAGAUAGUUCAAACAGUUCUAGUCAUGGUAUAACCUUUGCAGACCCAUCUAAUGAAUUCUCCACUCCUCUAGUCUCUCCUUCUACAUCCAGUCUCAUCCCUAGUGUCUUCAAACUAGAACUUGAACAAUCAUAUAAACAAAGUAUGUUUGAAAUUGCUAGAAAUGGCGUCAGAAACAGUCCACGGCGAUUCCGGCGCCGUAGCAGAUCACUAGAAAAACAAGACGUGGAAAAAUUACACACUGUUGAAAAAUAUGAAGAAUAUUCUUCGUUUGACUAUAGACGAAGUGUUAGCCAUGAGUCAACUUUGGAGGAUUUUGCGCCAAUUUCUUUACCAAGUGGAGGUCAUAAUGGUGUAUUAACUCAGUAUUAUAACCCAGUAAGCUUUCAACAAGAGGUGGUGCUCUAUAUACAGAUGCAGCUAUGCAAUAAUAAUCUUAGACAGUGGAUUUGGAAAAGAAAUCGAACGCCAAUAGCAGAAAUGUAUGAUCUGAUAGAUGAGGAAAAUAACAUGGCCAUAUUCAGACAGAUAUUGGAGGCAGUUGACCAUAUACACCAGCAGGGCAUUAUGCACAGAGAUCUCAAGCCCCAAAAUGUAUUUCUACUAGGUGACAAUGUGAAGAUAGGAGACUUUGGUCUGGCUAGAGACAACUUACAAGAUGUUCCAUUGUCACCUCUAGUGCACUAUGCUCCUGUUCCAAAUAAAUGGGGCCAUACUACUGGUGUAGGAACAUGUACAUAUGCUGCUCCAGAACAAAUCAAUGGCACAGAAUACAACUAUAAGUCUGACAUGUAUAGUUUGGGAAUCAUCUUGUAUGAACUGUUCCAACCAUUCACUACAGAGAUGGAGAGGUCCCAUUGCAUCAACAUGGUCAAACAGGGUAAAUUGGCUGAGGAACUGUGCUCAAGAUUUCCUAAACAGGUUGAGUGUAUUGUGCAGCUGCUGAGCAAGGAGCCACUAUUGAGGCCUUCAGCAUCAGAAUUACUGGAAAGUGAACUAUUUCAAUCUAAAGAUCAAAUCAUAUUGAUGCUCAAAAAACAAACUCAGGACCAGGAAUCUGUGAUAAAUGAACUCAGAAGACAGCUGAAGGAAAGAGACAGCAUAAUACAUAGACUUUCAACAGAGACUUGAAUACUAAAUUACCAGGCCCGUAGCCAGGGG